GGCCUUCCCCAGGGUGGGCAGAGACACCCCCGCCACACGCACAGGCGGCAUGGCUGUCCUGGGCGUCACGGCCGCCCUGCUGGUGUGGGUGGCCACCCUGCUGCUCCUCUCCCUCUGCAAGCAGGUGCACAGCCGCUGGAAGCUGCCCCCUGGCCCUUUCCCGCUGCCCUUCUUUGGGAAUAUUUUUCAGUUGGAACUCAACAAUAUACCGAAGUCCUUCACCAAGCUGGCGGAGCGCUUCGGGCCGGUGCUCACUGUGCACCUGGGCUCCCGCCCCAUCGUGGUCCUGCACGGCUACCAGGCGGUCAGGGAGGCCCUGCUGCAGCACAAGAGUGACUUCGCCGGCAGAGGAGAAUACGUCGUGUUCCGGGAGCACAAGCACAGAGGGGUUACUUUCAACAACGGCCCGAGCUGGAAGGACACCCGGCGGUUUUCCCUGAGCAUCCUCCGAGACUACGGGAUGGGGAAGCAGGGCAACGAGGCCCGGAUCCAGAGGGAGAUCCCCUUCCUGAUGGAGGCGCUCAGGAAGACGCACGGUUUUCUAGGGCGUCUCUUCGCAGCAGCCGAGGGGCGAAGCAGCGCCCCGCGGCUCACCCGCUCCUGUUGUCCAGGCCAGCCCUUCGACCCCACCUUUCUCCUGGGCCGCGCCCCCUGCAACGUCAUCGCCGACAUCCUCUUCGGCCGGCGCUUCGACUACGACGACGGCACCAGCCUGAGGCUGCAGCGCUUGUUCAAUGAGAACAUGUACCUGGUCAGCACGCCCUGGGCGCAGGUUUAUAACUUCUUUGAAAGCUAUCUGUGCUACCUGCCCGGGAGCCACAGAAAAGUACUGAGGAACGUGUCUGAACUGAAAGCCUACGCCUCGGACAGAGUGCAGGAGCACCGGGAGACCCUGGACCCCAGCUGCCCCCGGGACUUCAUCGACUGCCUGCUCAUGGAGAUGGAGAAGCGACAGUACAGCGAAGAGCCCGGGCACAGCUUGGACAACAUCGCUGCCACUGUGGCCGACCUGUUCUUCGCGGGGACGGAGACCACCAGCAUGACCCUGAGAUAUGGGCUCCUGAUUCUCCUGAAGUACCCGGAGGUUGAAGAGAAACUUCAUGAAGAAAUCGACAGGGUGAUUGGGCCAAGCCGAGUCCCCGCCGUCAAGGACAGGCUGGAGAUGCCCUACAUGGAUGCUGUGGUGCAUGAGAUCCAGCGCUUCAUUAACCUCCUGCCCUCCAACCUGUUCCAUGAGGCAACCCGGGACACGGUGUUCAGAGGAUACGUCAUCCCCAAGGGUACAGUUGUAGUUCCAACACUGGGCUCCCUCUUGUUUGACAGCCAAGAAUUCCCUGAUCCAGAGAAGUUUAAGCCAGAGCACUUUUUGGAUGAAAAUGGGAAGUUCAAGUACAGUGACUAUUUCAAGGCAUUUUCCACAGGAAAGCGGGUGUGUGUCGGGGAAGGCCUGGCCCGCAUGGAGCUGUUUCUCUUCUUCACCGCCGUUUUGCAGCACUUCAGCUUGAAGUCUCUUGUUGCGCCCGAGGACAUUGACCUCAGCCCCAUCGUCAAUGGGUUUGCCAGCGUCCCGCCCCAUUACACGCUCUGUGUCCUUCCCCGCUCGCAAGUGUGAGGCACAGGUGCCCUGGAGACAGUGCAUAGGCCUGAGGGAAGCCGCUCUCUGCUGGCCGCUGGGUGGGCAGAGUGGGGAGGGAGGCCAGGCCUCCCCGUGCUGCACACACGCCCCGGCCUCAACAGAGCGGGGCGCGUCCAAAGCCAGCAGCUGCAGCAUCUCCCGGCCUUUCUCUGAACGGCCAUCCUGCCUUCCUCUCAUGGGGGUCCUCCCAGGUCACCCCCCCCAUCUCAGGAUCCUCAUCACACAUUCCGAGGCCCCCUUGCCGAGUAAGGUACCGCAUUCGCAAGUUCCUGGAUUAGAACAAGGAUGCCAUUGGGCCCACUGUUCCACAUUUUAUCCACCACGGGGUGUGACCCAAACCUGAGUUGGACAAACUGGCGAACCAGUCAACUGCAGAAGCCCUACCACUCCUGCUGUGAAAGGAGCCUGCCAGUCUCAUCAUACCACGCAGAACAAACUUCCUGCCACAGAGAGAGACCAGAAAAUGCCGUUUCACUUGCUUUGGCGAUUUUAAUUUGAGAGAAUGCCUUAGGGAAAUUCUGAAGUGCUGCUCCGAGGGGUGGGAACAGUUGGGAGGGAGUGGGGGCCCUUUGAGCAUAAAUGUGCAACCAGCCCAGGCAGGGGCAUUUGGCUGAAGGGCCCAGGCGGACUCCUGCUGGGCUGUGGUGCCAGCCCGCCUGUUGGCAGACGGCCGACUCCUGUGUGUUCACAGGGCUGGCCAGCUCUCUGGCCUCUUCAUACAAGGGCAGCAAUCCCAUUAAGGGGGCUUCACCCUCAGGACUAAGCACCUCCCAGCGGCCCCACCUCUUACUGCAGUCACGUUGGGGUUAGGGUUCCAACACGCCCCUAGCCCCCAGAGCCCGUGUCCUCACAUGCAAAACACAUUGACCUCACCCCAACAGCCCCAAGUCGAACCUGCUGCACGUCCACCCUGAAGCCCGAAGUCUCAUUCCAACACCCCUCACAUGAAGUGGGGCGAGACUCAGGGCACAGCUUGCCCUCAAGCAGCCGACACGCGGCUGGGGGCUAUGUUGCUGGUGCCCUUUGAAUGUUGGGUUUUUGCAUCUUUUGCACUUACACACCCAUUUUACAGUCAUCUGUACUUGCACAGACCCAAAACAUGUUUAUUGAACUUGCAAAGGAUUCGCGUGUUACUAUGGGCAGAAACGGCACCGUUACCAUCAGUUCCCAGCUCACAAACACAUCCUACUCCACUUGUGUGGGCUGUCCACGUUUCUGGGGACUGCACAGUUCUGGGGGUUCAUGUACACCUGUCAUUACAUUAACUCCUAGAUGCAUGGUGUUCUAUGCUACUGUAAAUACUAUUUUUAGAACUUCCUUUUGCCACUUGCUGCCUAAUCCUGGCAUGCUUGCAAGUGGCUGCGUUGUUUUGCUGGAGCAGGAAGUGCAGCUGCCCCAUACAGACCUCUGACCCAGACUCGAAAGGUGCAACACUAGUGUGAGCUGAGCCCGGGUGUCGCUCACACCAUCUUACUGCUGUUCACCGAGAGAAGAAACACAGGACUGACCAGGCCCUCAGCUCGUCCUGGUGAGGGCACAGGCAGGCUGUUCUGCAGCAAAAACACGGCUCCCCAGGUCUGAGGUGUCCUGUGCACGGGUGCACAGGUGGUUCCCAACACGAGGAAGUGCGGCUGUGAGCCACGCAGAGGAAAGCUGCAUCUGUGCCCGGUGUCCCCCGAGCAGCUGCUGUGAGCAGUGUCUGGCCGAGAGGCAUACCCUUACUUGAAAGCUACUGUGAUACUCCGCUGUUUUCUUGCAAUAAACUGUAGACACCUCA